UUAAUUCUGCAAGUAGUUCUAAUUUACUAUCGCUGUUCUCUAGCUGAUCUAAAACCGAUUUUGACCUAAAGGGACGCUUUUUGGACGCCAUGGAUGUUUCUCAGUUUCCAGGCAGAAAGAACAGUAAAAAUGCAGGCAGGGCACAGGACAAAGCACUAGGGACAAAAUGUAUGUGAAAUGCUUUGAUACAUGAAUGUCACUUUUUGUCAUUUUCAAAUUUCCCGCCGUUCCGUCCCCCGUACGUCCCGACGUCACAGGGGACAGAACCCAGAAGACAUCACGGGAGGACAUUACAGGGGACACUGCAGGAGGGAC